AAUAUUCAAAUGCAAACUGACUUACAAACUGGUUCAUAAACAGAAUAUAACACAAAUUCCCAACUACACAAAAAAAGACCACAAUAUUCUAAUCCAAACUUGUUCACAAACAGAAUAACAUCAGUUGGCCUACAAAAUAACUACAAGCUUCCAAAAUAAUAACAAAACAGGCCUCUUUGGCUUUCAAAAAUAUGCAUAAUCAAGUACUUAACAAAACAGGCCUCAUUAUAUACUUAAUCAUUCAAACAUGCAUAAUCAACAUUAAAACCUCAUCAAAGAAAGGAAUUUAUCUGCACUCAUCUUGGGAAGAAGAUGAUCAUAUUUAGUGGUCAUGGGGUUGCCAAUAGCAAUCUUACUCAGCCUCAUUCUCUCUUCAAAUUCAUCAUCAAGUUUAGAUGUUGCCCUGGAAGUUGAUGUUGUUGCCUUGGAAGGUGGCUUCCAAACUGGCUGUGAAGCUGCCUUAGAAGCUGUUUUAGCUGCCUUGGAAGGUGGUGGCUUGGAAGAUGUUCCCUUGGAAGCUGUUGCCUUGGAAGUUGUUGCCUUGGAAGCUGGUGGCUUGGAAGCUGUAGCCUUUGAAGGUGGUGGCUUGGAAGCUGUAGCCUUUGAAGGUGGUGGCUUGGAAGCAAUUCCAGAUGAAGGUGGUGGCUUGGAAGCUGUUGCAUUGGAAAGUGGUGGCUUGGAAGCUGUUGCCUUGGAAGGUGGUGGCUUGGAAGCUAUUGCCUUGGAAGGUGGCCUUACAGCUGUUGCCUUGGAAUGUGGCUUGGAAGAUGCUUUUGAAGUUGUUGCCUUUGAAGAUGCUUUUGAAGUUGCCUUAGAAAGGAUCAUUGUCAAACUCUUCAUCUGAGUUGUUUGCAGCUUCACAGUGGUCAUCUGACUCAUAAUCACUCAAAAAAUCAUCU